AUAAAAUUCCGAAUACACAACAUGCCGAUCAAUUGAUGAUGUUUUAAUUUUGAAUAAAGCAAUUGUUGUUUAUUUAUGAUUUUAAUGUGUUAUUUGUUUAAUACAUAAUAAAUAUGUUUAAAAAAUCUAAACGAUCAUUUCGUCAACGUACUCGUCAUUCAGAUUCUGAUGAUAAUGAUGGUGGUGAUGUACAACAAAUUCCUCAUGAAACUACACCAAAAAUUAAUGAUAAUGUUGCAAUCUCAAUGAAUAUAUUAACGAUAGAACAAGAUGCUGAUAGUAGUAAUCUUAGUUUCAAAUCUGCUAACAAUAAAAAUGAUCGAAAAACAAAACUCAGUUUCGAAGAAGAUGAAGAAGAAGAUAAAGAUGUUUUUGUAGUAAAAAAAUCUGUAUAUAGCCGAAAAAUGGAAAAAAAUAAACGAAAAUUACUGAAAUCUAAAUCUAAAUUUGAUAAUAAUAAUUGUACAAAUAAUGAAAACAAUUCCAUAAUCGAACGAAAAGAAGAUUUUGACUCAUCAACAACUGCAGAAGCAAACAUUGAAGAUGUGAAAAAAUUGGAAGAAAUUAUUGUUUGUCCUGGUAGCGAUGAUGAAGCCAAUGAUAAUGAUGACGAUGAUGAAAAUAGACAUUUUAGCCAAAGUUCUGAACAACAACGGCCACAAUUUCGUUCAACAUUAGAACGUGGUGUUAUUCCGGAUGCUAAAACAAUUUAUGAGCUAAAAAAACGUCGACAAAAAAUGGCCAUGACAGCCGAUUUUAUACUGUUAGAAAAUGAAGAAAAUGAAACGGGGGUCCGUUUAAUUCGUGAAAGUGAUGAAGAUAAAAGCGAAAAUGGUGAUGACCUACCAAACUCAGACGACGAUGAUGAUGAUCACCGUGAUAAAGAUCGAAUAAAAUUCGGUAAUGUUGAUUAUGAAUCAAAAGAGAAAGAAAAAUUUCGUGAAUGUUUUCGUGUCGCUCAACAAAAAAUUGAAAAUCGAAAACAAUCGAAUGAUUCUAAAUGUUCUUCAUCAUCUGACGAAGACGACAAUGAUGAUAAUGAUGGCGUUCAAAAUGAUGAUAAAAAUGAUGAAUCUGAAGAUGAAAUCGAUAAAUGGGAACGUGAACAGAUACGUAAAGCAGUUCGUAUGCCAAACAUUUAUCAUUUAGCUAGAUCCGAAAUGAACAAUAAAUUUUUGACCGCUUUGGAUGAUAAUACAUUGAUCAAUAAACUACAAGUCAUACAUGAUAAUCAUAGUGUCGUUCCGAUCGAAAUUGAUCACCCUGAUUCACGAUCAUAUGGAAACCAUAUACCCAGCUAUAUUAGUGAUAAUAAAUAUAAUCUUCAAGAUGAUAAUGAUAAUAACGAUUUCGAUUCAUUCAAUGAUCGCAUUCAUUCGAUGCGACAACAAUUUGAAUCAAAAAUUGAAGAGAAUAAUAAACUUUUGGAUCGUAUAACAAUGGAUCUACAAUUAACAGCCAAAGAUAUUGAAACAUAUGAUACGGAUGUGUCGCAAAUGACUGAUGAAUAUAAUUUAUAUCGAAAUAUGUUUGAUUUCAUACGUAAUUUAUUCGAUUGUAUUAAUGAUAAAAUGGCUGAAUUAGAAACGAACGAACAGCAAAUAAUUGAUGUAUAUGGCAAAUAUGCACAACUUAAAUCGAAUGAACAUAGUAACGAUAUACAGGAUCAGAAUUCAAUUUCAUUAUAUCUAAUUAUGAAUCAUGAAGCAUUAUCAAUACAAUAUGCAUCAAUAGAUCAUCAGCAAUUGAAUUGUAUAUUGGAUGUAUAUAAUUUUGAUGGUGAUCAUACUAAACGUAAUCGUUGCUAUAAUCGUAUGGAAAAAUUUCUGAAGCACAACAAGAAAGAAAUCUUUACAACAAAUGAUGAUGAUUCGGAACAUGAUUUAUUAGACAAUGAAGAACUGAAAUCAAUCCAAACACGAUUAAAUCAAUUAUUUGAUGAUACUGAUGAUGAUUUUGCAUCUAUUCAUAGUAUAUGUCAACAAUUUCAACAAUGGAAAUCGAAACAGACACAUACUUAUAAAGAAUCAUUUAUAUCAGAAUUUCUACCCAAAUUUCUUUCCUAUUAUAUUCGUUAUGAUUUUGCAUUUUGGAAUAUUUUCCUUGAUGAUAAUCAUUAUCACCACCAUUCGAAUGCUAUUGAUCUAAUGGAAACGGAAUCUAUGCAGCAUCUGAUUCGUUAUUGUUGUUCAAAUUUAAGUAAAGAUAAUUUAAUCGAGUUGAAUGUGAUUCCAACAUUGAUCGAUAAUGUUAUGAUACCGAAAUUGAUCGAAAUGAUUGAAAAGGAAAUCUGGAAUCCAUUAUCCACAAGACAAACUGAUCGUUUUAUCCGAUUUUUACGGUUAUCGAUAACGAAUUUUCCUACAUUGGUUGAUAUAAGUGAAAAUUUUUCAAAACUUUUACAAAAAAUUGUUAUAAGAAUGGAAAAAACUAUUGAAAAUGAUAUAUUCAUUCCACAAAUGAUUCCAGCCAAAUUUUUCAACACUCACAAUGAUCAACAGCAACGAUCGCAUUAUGAAAAUUUAGUUCGAGAUUAUGUAAUUGGUUUUUUCGAUCAUCAAUAUUCGGAAACAUUCUACCUGAUGAAAAAUAUAUUAUCAUUUCGUAAUAUAAUCAGCGAACAAAUUUUGCGUGAAUUGGUGAUUGAAAAAUUAUGUUUCCGUUAUCUACUUAUUUCUAUUCAACGUUCAGCCGAUGAUCCAAUGAAAACAUUCGAACGUAUCAAUUGUUUAAUAUCAACUAUUCCAAAUGAAUGGUUGAAAAAACAGAAUGUUCAAAUUAAUAACCAUUUCAAUGCUAUCAUACAACAAUUAUUAGAUCGUUCAAAUGCAAAUUAUACGGAUGAAAUUCGGCAAAAAUUUCUAUCAUUAUUUUAUCAAAUUAAUAAAUAAAUGAGAAUAAUUUUUAAAAA